CAACCCGACACCAGACCGAGACAAACAGGGACACACCGGGACCAGACCGAGUCCAGACCGAGUCCAGAGCCUGGGAGGACCGGAGCGGGGGGGGGCGGCGGACAUGGCCGAAGUGAAAGUGAAGAAAGAGAAGGACGUGCUGGAUCCCGCGGAGGUGGAGAAAAGGAUCAGGUCGUUGUGUGAACAGUUUCCUCACGGUAUCACUGAUCAUGUGAUUCAGAACGAUAUGCCUCAUCUGGAGCCGCAGCAGAGAGCGGCCGCCAUCAACAAACUGCUCUCUGUGGGGCAGUUGGAUCUCCUGAGGAACAGCUCUGGUCUGUUGUACCGUCUGAAGGACACACAGAGCUCCAGUAAAAUGAAAGGUUCAGACAAUCAGGAGAAACUGGUUUAUCAGAUCAUCGAGGACGCCGGAAACAAAGGGAUCUGGAGCAGGGACAUUCGUUUUAAGAGUAAUCUGCCUCUGACUGAAAUCAACAAGAUCCUGAAAAACCUCGAGAGCAAAAAACUCAUCAAGGCCGUCAAGAGUGUGGCAGCGUCGAAGAAGAAGGUUUACAUGUUGUACAACGUUCAGCCGGAUCGUUCUGUGACGGGCGGAGCCUGGUACAGCGACCAGGACUUUGAGUCCGAGUUUGUGGAGGUUCUGAACCAGCAGUGCUUCAAGUUCCUCCAGAGCAAGGCGGAGGCGGCUCGGGAGAGUAAACAGAGUCCGAUGGUUCAGAGAAACUCGUCUUUUGCCACGUCCCACGAAGUUUGGAAAUACAUCAGUGAACUGGGAAUCAGCAAGGUGGACUUGUCGAUGGAGGACAUCGAGACGAUCUUGAACACUCUGAUCUACGACGGGAAAGUGGAGAUGACUCUGAUCGUGGCGAAGGAGGGAACAGCAGGAAGCGUCGACGGACACAUGAAGCUCUACAGAGGAGUCAACAACAUCGCCACGGCAACAGGACUCGUCAAGACGCCCUGCGGACUCUGCCCGGUUUUUGACGACUGUCACGACGGCGGCGAGAUCUCCCCGUCCACCUGCGUCUACCUGAGCGAGUGGCUCGACUUCUGACAUCACUUCCUGUUUCCUGUUUGAGGAGCGCCGCGUCCUGACAUCACUUCCUGUUCACCGAUGCGCGAGGAAGGACCUGAGGCGCUCGAGGAAGGACCUGAGGCGCUCGAGGAAGGACCUGAGGCGCUUUAACCUCAGAUUUAUGACAGACUCAGUUUGUUCUGUUUUUGUUUUGUUUCUGCAGUGAGACGAACUUUUCAGACUGGACUUCGAUACUAACAAAUCAAACCGAUACUCGAUACCAUCAUUAUUUUUCAAUUCUUUUAAAACCCCUCAGACAAUUUUAUUUAGAGACUCUAGAGCUGGAAUCGAAAAUCAGACCCUAAAAGACUAAACCGGGACUAAACUGUGGAGAUUGUCUAAACAAAGAGUCAAUGUGGGAUCGGUAUCGGGUAUCAGUAUCGGGUAUCGAGUAUCGGGUCUGUUCUGUGCUCUUUCGCUCGUGAGACUCGUCAGUUUUGCUGUAAAUAAAAAAGAGAAAAACUCUUCUGCUGUAAAAAUGUACAAAGCUUCAGUUUGAAAAUAUUUUUGAAAAGUGAAUUUAUUUAAAAAACAGAUUCUGAGUAAAAUGAAUCAAAGAAAUAAAAGUGAAAUGUCCCAGAA